GGGCGGGGAGGCCGAGAGGGUUCCGGAAGGGUCUCCGACCGCCCCGCCGCCCACAAAGGUGUCGCCGCGGCGCACAGGCCGAGUGCCAGCGUAGCGCGACGACACCGGAAGCCGGACCUGAAGCCCAAGAGGGCGCCGCUAAGCGGCGCUCUAGCGGGGCGGGACGGGGCGGGGCGUACUACAGGUCCCACGAGCCUCUGCGGCAGGCUGAGGCGCACUACGAGUCCCGUGAGCCUCCGCGGCGGGGCGUACGUACUACCAGUCCCAGUGGUCUCCGCGGCGGGUGAGGCGUCUCGCCCAGCCGCGGGGAGGCGGAGUGGAGCUGAGAAAGCGUCCAGGCUGGCGGCUGUUGGGCUGAGGGAAGCUCGCGUUCAGGGCGCCCUCUAGCGCGUCCUUUCCAGUCGGCGGCCGCUCGGAUUCCGUGAGAUUUGAUUCACUUCUGAGAAACAAAACAAAAAAAAAAAGAAACAAAACCAAAAUAAAAUAAAGCAACAAGCUAGCAGAAUGAUGAGUACCAGCCUCGUGGGCCGGGCCCUGGGGAGCAGUGAGUUUGUGAACAGAAUGUGGGUGCAGUGUGAGAAUGAAAGCUGCUUGAAAUGGAGGCUGCUGUCACCUGCAGCUGCAGCCCAAGUGGACCACAGUAAGCCCUGGUAUUGCUCCAUGAACACUGACUCCAGCUACAACAGCUGCUCCGUUUCUGAGGAGGAUUUUUCUGAGUUCCUUGAAAGUGGGUGUAAAAUUGUCUAUUCACAGCUUCCUCUUGGAAGCCUAGUUUUGGUAAAAUUACAGAAUUGGCCAAGUUGGCCAGGAAUACUUUGUCCUCAUCCUUUCAAAGGAAAAUAUGUAACUUAUGACCAGGAUGGAAAUGUUGAAAAGUAUUACAUAGAAUUUCUGGGUGACCCGCACUCGACAGCAUGGAUAAGUGCAACAUUUGUUGGACAUUUUAGUCUCACAUUAAAGACAGCAGAAUGUACAAAGAAGAAGAGGUGGUAUAGGAGUGCCCUCGAGGAAGCGUACCAACUGUACACGUGUUCACCAGAGCAGAGACUGGAAGUGUGCUGCCUGUCAAAGCCAGACAGAGCCAAAACAGGCACCAACGCUGCUGUGGUGGCCAAGAAAAGGAUGCAAGUUUCCAAAAAUAAUACUGAAAAGAAAAGGCCCAGGGUUAGAAAGUGGAAAAGGGAUGCUGCUUUAAAGUGCUCUGUUGAAAUUUUUUGUUCUGAUGAAGCCCUAUCAAAGGAAAACAUGGUUGUCUCUGAGACAGAAGGGUUACUGAAAGAACUGGAGAAAAUGCUGCACCAAGUCCAAGAACCCACAGCAAGAGAUGAUGAGUCACUGGGAGAGCAGUUACCUCAGUGUAACCCGGGAGCUCCCUCAGGCAGCCCAUUUCAGAGUUACCAUGAAGAGGACUGGAUUGUGCCUGAUGGGACAGGACUAAAAGCUGGAGAAUAUAUUGAGUUUAUAACUAACAAUUUAAAAAAGAUAGAUGCCCUAAUAUCUGAAUUUUAGUUUGUUAUUUAAGUAUUUCCAAAAGUUGAUUAUAAAAACACUCAUAGUCUUUAUAGUCUUCUGUGAAAACUUUAAAAAUGUUAAAUAGGCAUAAAAAUUGCUAUUGUGAUAAAUUUAUACUUUGUGAAUGUCCAUGACUUUGAGAGUCUAUCAAGUGGCAUUUAAGUUAGGGUGUUAGAAUUUUAGAAUUUAAGAAAAAUCCUGAUGUUUGUAUUUGUAAACUUUUUUGUUUGUUUUGAUUUUAUAGUUGUUUAUGAAACUUAAUCAUAAACAGGUGCUGUACAUGAGUAUUUAUGCCCUUCUUCAAAAAGACUAUUAAAAUGACUACCUGUUCUGUUAAGAGUCUCAGUGAGAACUCAAAUGUAACUCAUGUACAAAGUGGCUUCUGUACUUGGCUGGAACUACUUUAAGUUAUAAGGAAAUAUUAAAGAUAUAGUCAUAUAAUAAAGUUUGAGCAUUCUCAAGAGA